GGUUGCAAAGGCAGGCCAGAGCGCUCUCUCCAGACUUCUGAGACUUCCUCACAGAGAAGAGAUCCUCUUCUGCCCUCCUGCUUCAAAUCACCAUGGCUCUCCAUCCGCUGCUCCUCUGCUGCCUCCUGGCCACCAGCCUCUGCAUCUUCCAAGCCCAAGGAAGCAGGAAUACUUACGGGGACUGCUGCGAAGCCACCAAAGAUGUCCCAUUUCAAAAUGUGAAGCGUUUGAAGUCCUACACCAUCCAGAAUCCACAGAUGGGGUGCCCCAUCCCAGCCAUCGUGCUGAUCACCAAGGCGAACCGUGGGCUGUGCUACCCUCCCGACUCCCAGACGGCUCGCCGUCUCAUGAAAGUCCUGGACGCCAGAAAAGCCCGAAAUUCAAGGCGACCCUAAAAGGAGGACAAACCAUCCCUGCCAACAGCAGAGCCUGCAAGAAAGAGAGACCCAAAGAAAAUUAUUCAGCAGAGAGCGUGAAUUAUGACAUUUUGGCUUCCUAUUUCACUCAUUACUCUAGUAAUAAUAGUCACAUUAACUGCCAUGGCUCCAUGCUGUGGAAUCCUGGCAUCUGUAGUUUGGCGAGGCCCAGCCCUCUAUGGUAGAGAAGGCUCAAGACCUUGUGAAACUACACAUCCCAGGAUCCUGUUGCAUUGAGCCCUGCAAACUGCAUCCAUUCCACAGUGGAGAUGCACCCCUGAUGUUUUUAAAUGCUAGGUACCAUCCCUGAAGAUGUGAAAUAAAUACAGAAAAGGGCACCGCUCUGGGUAUGUUGCAACCUCUGAGCCACACGGCCAAAUUGCGAUCGCAUUUAUUUGAGCAGAGGCUUUGAAAGCGCCCUUUGCAAACCCUUUCCUUUCCUUAAAGCUAGUUCGUCAUUGGCUUUCUUCUUGAAGAUGGCAUUGUCCUUUGCAGAACUGUAAGUUACCAUCCCUUGUUGGGGGGGGGGGGGCAUGCCCGACUUCAGCAUUCCUAAAUGCAAAGAGUUUAUACUUGUUGCAAAAGCCCUUUUGCAAGUGUUUGCAAGCACCUGAAAUCAUGUUUGCUUUUGGUUGCAUCCAUGCUGUGGAAUUAAUGCAACCUGAUCCCACUUUAAAUUCUAUGGGGUCGUGGGAGUUAUAGUUUUACCGCUUCUGCAGCCUUCUCUGCCAAACUACAACUCCCAUUUUGCACCGCGUUGAGCGGUAGCAGUUAAACCGAAUUAAUUCUGUGAUGUAGAUGCACCCUUUUUGGACAGAGACAGGGAAGCUUCGUACUUGACGUGAAUGGAGAUGUAGGUCGAGCUUCCCUUAUCUGGAAUGCGUAGUGUUUUGGAUAUUGGACUUUUUCGGGUUUUAUAUACCAUUUUUCCUCAACCUUCCUAAUGCUGCGACCCCUUAAUACAGUUCCCCAUGUUGUCGUCACCCCCAACCAUAAAAUUAUUUUCGUUGCUACAUAAAUUUGCUACUAUUAUGAAUCAUAAUGUAAAUAUCUGAUAUGCAGGAUGUAAUUUCAUUAACUGGACCAAAUUUGGCACAAAUACCUGAUACACCCAAAUCUGAAUACUGGUGGGGUUGGGGAAGGGUUGAUUUUGUCACUUGGGAGUUGGAGUUGUGGGAUUUUGUCAUUUGGGACUUGUAGUUGCAGGGAUUUAUAGUUCAGCUACAAUCAAAGAGCAUUCUGAACUCCACCAAUGAUGGAAUUGAACCAAACUUGGCACACAGAACUCCCAUGACCAACAAAAAAUACUGGAAGGAUUUGGAGGGCAUUGACCUCGAGUUUGAGAGUUAUAGUUCACCUACAUCCAGAGAGCACUGUGGACUCAAACAAUGAUGGAUCUGGACCAAACUUGGUAUGAAUACUCAAUCAAAUUACAUUCUAAACUCCACCAAUAAUGGAAUUGAACCAAACCUGGCACAAAGAACUCCGAUGACCAACAGAAAAUACCAGAAGGGUUUGGUGGGCAUUGACCUUGAGUUUGGGAGUUGUAGUUCACCUACAUCCAGAGAGCACUGUGGACUCAAACAAUGAUGGAUCUGGACCAAACUCAAUAUACUCAAUAUACUCAAAUGUGCACAGUGGUAGAGCUUGGGGAAAACAGACCUUGACAUUUGGGAGUUGUAGCUGCUGGGAUUUAUAGUUCACCUACAUCUAGAGAGCACUGUGGACUCAAACAAUGAUGGAUCUGGACCAAACUCAGUAUACUCUAUAUACUCAAAUGUACACACUGGUAGAGCUUGGGGAAAACAGACCUUGACAUUUGGGAGUUGUAGUUGCUGGGAUUUAUAGUUCACCUACAUCCAGAGAGCACUGUGGACUCAAACAAUGAUGGAAUUGGCCCAAACUUCCCAUAUAGAACCACCAUGACUAUUGGAAAAUACUGUAUUUUCUGAUGGUCUCUGGAGACCCCUCUGACACCCCCUUGCGACCCCCCCAGGGGCCCCGACCCCCAGGUUGAGAAACAUUGUUAUAUACAUUACAACGUUUAUAUGCAACAUUUGUCAUAAUGGUGU